UUCACCAUCGCACGCAGAGUUGCACUUCCCGAACAUGGCUCUGAUAUGGCCAAAGCAGAAGCAUUACUGCGCUACUUUCUUCGUUGUCUGGGCUAUGCUGUACAUGCUGAGCUGCCACUGGGUUGUAAAGGGACUCGCUGUCGGAUUUUUUAGUCUGUACGUUGCAGACUUGGCUCUUAAAAUACAUGAAGAAUUCUUCAAAGAAAAGACGUACAUCAAAGAUACCGAGAAGAAGGCUGUCUUCAUUACAGGAUGCGACUCCGGCUUCGGCAACAAGCUGGCACAGAGGCUCGCGAACAUGGGCUUCACGGUUUUUGCUGGGUGCCUGUAUCCUGAAGGUUCAGGCGCGAAGGAGCUAGGGAAGGAUAAGAAAAUCGUCGUGAUCAAACUGGACGUGGUCGAACAAUGUGACAUCGAAAAAGCUGUACAAGUUGUCAAAGAGUAUCUGGAUAAAUCUGAACUCAAGCUGUGGAGCAUCGUGAACAACGCCGGGAUCGCGUUGGGUGGUGAAGUAGAGUUAUUGACGAUGUCGACGUACCGACGAGUGCUGGAGGUGAACUCGCUGGCGCCCGUGGCCGUUACUAAAGCCUUUCUGCCUUUGCUGCGUCAGGCACGAGAGGGAAGGGUAGUCAAUGUCGCCUCUAUUGCAGGACGUUACACUAUGUAUGGCUUCACGGCCUACUGCAUGAGCAAGCACGCAGUCGUAGCCUUCAGCGACGGACUGCGUAUCGAGAUGAAGAAAUGGAACAUCUCCGUGCAUACUAUAGAGCCCGCGCUCUACAAAACGAACAUCUGCUCGCAUGAUGCCAUGAGGCUGAAUGACGCUAAAGUGUGGCAGGAGGCUCCUGACGAGGCUAAAGAAGCGUACGGCAAAGAUUUCUUCGACGCCCGAUGCGCGGCGCGCAGAAUGUUCGUCGAAGCCACUGGUCGGGCGCCGGAAAAAAUUCAUGAGGUCGUCGAUGAUCUCGUGGACGCCGUUGCUUCCGAGACACCAAAAAUACGUUACCUGCCGAGCUUGUCGGGCAAGAUUUUCAAUAGGAUUAUGAGCCAAAUGCCUUUCGAGGUUCAGCACUGGCACUUCAGUAAGUAUUGCCAAGCCCUGACGCCAGCCAAGGCAUCCGUCAACUCACUCUAAGCACCUUAGCUCCGAACCGCUGGAUUGGUUGCAUUCACAAUCGAUUCUUUACGCUUGGCCUCAAGUAAGAAGAGUUAUUAUUUAUCAUUUCUGGCCAGAUGUGGGACUUGGCCACAGACAACGGCGCUCAUCACAUUAGAAAGCAGUUUAUGGACUAACUAACAUAAAUUCAGAGCGUAUGCUACCACAAUAUCUCAAGGGUAGCAAAUGUUCGUAAAUACACUAAUUUGUCUCGGGGUUGAAAACGUCGAUGGGCAGUGAAACUUGGCUAGGCGUUGACAUCCCCAGCAUAUUGGAUUUUAAUUGACUUGACAAAAUGCUUAUGAUAUCCAGGAAUCAUUUUUAGUCCUUUAAUUAAUGGCUUAAUUUUGCUUCAAUUUCAGCGAAUGAAAUUCGAUUUUUUCUUUUCCGUACAACUGGAUAGAAAACAUUUUUAUACAAUAAUUAUAAUGAAAAUAACUUGGACAAUAA